UGCUGGGAUCUCUCUGUCGGUCGACGAGCUACGACGACGACGAGUGUACACUGUACAGUAGUAGUUAGGGUAGAAGGGAGGCCUCCCUCAUCUGCAUUGCGCACAUUUUCUGCUUUUUGCUGCUGUGCUGCUACUGACAUGAGUUGAGUAGGUAGUAAGUAGGAGAAUCAUGCCAACAGCCAACGAAUUUGCAAAAAAAUUAUUAAGUACACAUCUGAUCCGGAGGAGACAACUCGUGUGUUGGUUUUUCGCUAGUUCGACUCGGUCUCGGUUUCGUUCUCGUUCUCGGUCUCGUUCUCGGUUUGAUUUGCUGCCCUUGUGUCUUAAUUUACUCUCUGCUUAUUGUAAAUUAUUGUAGGUAUUUACAACUUAUACCUACCUAUCUAUAGACAACAAAAAAAACGCGCCCCUAGCGCAAAAGAUGAAACACGUACCAAGUCCAAAUUACAUUCUAUAAGUAAUUCUGCUUUGGGUGAGACUGUUGAAUAAAUCCAAGUAAAACAACAACAACAACUAAAAAACAACCACAUCGUUCAACCAAGAAAUUAAAAGGGAAUCCGCUGCAAUCUUGACAAACAAAAUAAAAAUUUUCAAAAAACAAAAUCUUUAUUGAAAAAAAGAAGAAGAAAAAGAAGAGAAAAGAAGGAGUAGUAGUUACACUAAAAACAAGCAACAAAGAAUUCAAACGUGAUCACUUAAUUAAAAUCUUAAAAAAACCAAAAAACAAAUUAUUACAACCAUAACGAAUAAAACUACAAUAAUUAAUCGGUAACAACAAUAAUAAUUAAUAUCGUAUCUCCAUUAAUAUUUUAAACUUAAAAUAAAAGAACUAACUAGAAGAAAGCAAAAGAUACAAAAAAAAAAACAAAUCUCAUUUUAAACUAAAAAACAAAAACGAUUUUAAAGCAAAACAAAAAACGUUUUUAUUAAAAAAAAACAAACAAAAAUUGUGUUCGUUUUUAUCAACAAAAAAAAAAAACCAGUAUAAUUGAAUUUAUUUUAUUUAUUUUAUCUUAGUGUUAAUAUAUUUCUCUUUUAUUGUUUUUUUUUUAAACUUUGCAUAAUUGUGUAAAAUUGAUUUUCUUGUUCUUUUUUAAUUAUUUUAAUUAAAUAAUUUUUUGUCGUGUGUUUUUGGAACUCUUGACAAAAAGUAUAAAUCUGCCAUUUUUGCGGUCUAUUCAAGUUUUAUGAGAUUCUUAAAAUAAAACAAUAUAAAAAUAAGUAAAUUUCCCUCCACAUGAGUGUCUAAGUGUUGAUAUUAAAUUAAAGAAUUAUUUAAAAACAAAAAAAACCAGUGAUAAUUGCGAUAAAUCGAAUUCUAAGACAAAUCCUAAUCUAAGGCUGUUCCUCUGUGUACGAAGAAAAGCCACUUGUACGGGAAAAUCUUUUUAAACAUAUAAAACAAAACAAAAAAUUAUAAUAAACUUUACGAUUUAAUUUAAUUGUUAUAUUUGAAUAUUUCCGUAAAGUUGUAUUCAACUUAUGGCAUCAACCGACGAAAUUUCCAACGGUAUUUUUGGUACUUUUGACAAUAACAAAAUAAUAGAAACGGAAACUGCUGCUCAACUAUUGGACGAGGCUGUUGAUAAUUUGACUCUUCAAACGGCAACGGCCAUGUUUAGUGAGGUGUUUGAAAGCAAUAGCAAGGGGGACGAAUUGGAGUCGUCCCCAUUGGAAGAUGCUUGUGCGUUCCCUGAUGGAAUGGAAAAGAAUUGCAAGAUUUGCUCGCUAAGAUUGGUCUCGCCGAGAGUCCUGUCAUGUCUUCAUGUGUUUUGUGAAGGAUGUUUGGCUAAGAUUUUGUUGGAUGAGAACGGUUCAGGUGAUCCACCGCUCAAGAAUUCUAUUGAGUGUCCAACUUGCAAGCAAGUUACUCCGGUUGGACCUAAGGGUGUAGAAUCCUUGACAUGCGAUUACAUUCUGACUAAUAUCUUGGAUUUAUCCUCCAUCGAAUCUGAGAUGUUGUCGUGCACUUCGUGCAAGAGUAAGGAGAAGGCAAUUUCCCGCUGUAAUGACUGUGCAAACUUCUUGUGCGGCGGCUGCGACAACGCUCACAAAUACAUGCGUUGUUUUGAGAAUCACGAAGUAGUCAAGUUGGAGGACUUGCAAAAGACCACCGAAAAAGUGACUAUCCAUAAGCCAUUGUUCUGCAAUGUCCACACUAGUGAGAAUCUAAAAUACUAUUGUCACAACUGCCAAAUACCAUUGUGCAAUGAUUGCUUGAUAGCCGAUCACAAAAGCUCCGAACAUCACUACGAGAUGAUUGGUCACGCCGAGAAGGAAGUUCGUCUGCACAUAGAAGAGUUGAUGAAAGAGGCUAAAUCCAAAGUUCAGUAUUGCGAUUCGGCGGCAUCCAAGUUGUCUAGUGAUCUAACUGAGUUGCAAUCGCAACACGACACAGCCAGGGAUUUGAUUGAAGAGUCCUUCCAGAGUUUCAAGGCUGUCCUUGAAAAGUGUCGCGAUCAGUCUCUGAAGGAAUUGGGAAAGUUGCACUCUGAACGCGAAUUGAAGAUCAUGGACUUGUUGCAGAAUAUUGAAAAUACUAUGGGAAAAAUCGAUGGUGUUUGCACAUUUACGAAGCGUGUUCUCGAAAAAGCCAACGCUGCCGAGUUCCUCAGCAUGAAGAAGCUAAUAGCCAAACAAUUUAUUAAUUUGAUCAACAAUACGCCAAAGUGUGAUGUCAAUUAUUCGCUUGAGUUUGACACCAAGUUUGAUAAAUUCGAGCAGCUGGCCCAUGAUACGUUUGGCAAAUUUCGCACUGAAUCGACUCCACCAAGCCCAAAAGAGAGCACACCACCACCAACCCUUCCUGGUAUGCCUCCAUCCUUGAUGACUCGUAAUAUUAUGACAAACAACUCGCAGAAUGCAUUGGCUAGCUCCGUCACAGCUAGUAGUCCAAUUUCUCUACCAACAUCAAUGCAGUCGUCGUUCGAUGGAGAUUUAUCAGUUCUUGGAAAUGGUUUUAUGAUGCCUAGUGUAUUGUCGCCUGAUUCGCCACCACAACAUCCUAUGGGCGGAGGUGGUCCUCUCUCUUCCAAUGGCAAUGUUGGACCUCCACCAGUUGUUGGCGUGGGCAAUGGUGGUCCACCACCAGCUUCGAUCAGUAUGCUUGAAUAUAAUUUGCAACGUUUGGCUAAUUUGGCUGAAAAUACCCCCGAUGGGUUGUCUGAUGCUAUGGUGGCUGCUGGAAAUCCAUCACAGGGACAACAAACCCAAUCUAUUACAUUGGCUGACAUUCUUUCUGGGGAUCAGAGGGCAUUCAAUAAUCUUCAGGCACUUGCUAAACUUGGAUUAAAUGGCAAUGAUUUUCACACAGACAUGACAUCUAAUCAACUUUUACCGAGUGGACCUUCACCAGGCAUUGAUUGUUUAUUGCCAGAUUUUUGCCUACCACCGGCCACAUCGCCAAGUCUAUCAACACUUGCUCCACUCUCUGAUGACAUGAGCAUUACAAAUUUCCAUGGAGGCAUUAAUGUGACUGGUCGCAAUAAGGCUACUCCAAUGCAGAUUCGUUCCAAAUUCGGAUCAUUGGGUACUGCUAAAGGACAAUUUAAUUCACCUCAUGGCUUUUGCUUGGGCGUAGAUGAAGAAAUUAUAGUUGCAGACACAAACAAUCAUCGAAUUGAGGUUUUUGAAAAGAAUGGACAGUUGAAGUUCCAUUUCGGUGUGCCUGGUAAAGAUGAGGGACAAUUGUGGUAUCCCCGAAAGGUAGCUGUUAUGAAUACCAAUGGAAAGUUUGUUGUUUGUGAUCGUGGAAAUGAACGAUCUCGUAUGCAGAUAUUCUCGAAGUGUGGACACUUUAUGCGAAAAAUUGCCAUAAGAUACAUCGAUAUUGUUGCUGGAUUGGCUGUGACAUCAAAGGGACAUAUUGUUGCUGUGGAUAGUGUUUCCCCAACUGUUUUUGUUAUUUCUGAAGAAGGAGAAUUGGUGCGCUGGUUUGAUUGCAGCGAUUAUAUGAGAGAACCUUCCGACAUAGCAAUAAGAGACAACGAUUUUUAUGUAUGUGAUUUCAAAGGACACUGUGUUGCUGUAUUUAAGGAAGAUGGAGUCUUCCAAUAUCGCAUUGGAAACGAAAAAGUAACUUGUUUCCCUAAUGGAAUUGAUAUAUCAAACGCAGGCGAUAUUUUAAUUGGAGAUUCGCACGGAAAUCGCUUCCAUGUUGCUUGCUAUUCACGAGAAGGUAUUUUACAAUCAGAAUUCGAGUGCCCACAUGUAAAGGUUUCUCGAUGCUGUGGUCUUAAAAUAACAUCCGAGGGCUAUGUUGUUACACUAGCCAAAAAUAAUCAUCAUGUUUUAGUGCUUAAUACUCUUUAUGUUCACUGAUUGAAAUCAAAAAGUCAAUUAGCGAACUUAAACUUCAAGCCAAAUCGUUAAAUUUAUCAUACAAAAAUUAACUAAAACAACAACAAAAUGAAAAAGAAAACGCUUUAAACAAAAACAAAAAUAACAAAAAAAAAUACUACAAAAACAAACCUAACUUCUUCAAAAACAUGCAACAUGCGUCGUGAUCCCUGAUGAAAUAUAUAACAAAAAUAGAAACAAAAACAAAAGAACACAGUAACAAACGUAUCAAGAAAUGCAAAAAGAAACAAAUAUUUUUUUGAUCUCCUUAAUUUUUUUUUAAAUAUUUACAAAUGAACACAAUAAUAUGGAAAAGCAAAGAAAAUAUCAUUUUUUCUUUUUCUCUUUUAUAAAAAAAAAGAAUAACUUUGAAGCUAACGAACUUGAUAUAUUAUUAUACAUUAGUAAAAAAAAACAUACCAUUUAUAAAAUGUUAAAUAUUUUAUUAUAUUCCUUUUCCGUUUUAAUAAGGCUGGUAAUCCAAGACAUUAUUUAUGCGUUACUAUUUUAAUUAUUUGACUUUAUUUUUUUUUUAAAUAAUAAUUAACCGUACGCAUAUUUUUUCAAUACAUUUAUUUUUUUAGUCAGUUUCUGUGUAUUUAAUUUUUUUUUUAUAUAUUACAAAAUGUACAAAUGUUUUUUUUACCUAUAUAAAAAAAUCAUAUAAAAAAAAAAAACAAAAAAAAAACAAUUUCUGUUAAAGAGCAUUUCUGAUAAAACCGGAAAAAUUGAGAUGAAACAAAGCAAAAAAAAGCAUACCUUCAAGUCAUUUUUUUUUUCAAUUUAUUUUAACAGACAAUUUAACAACUCUAGUUAUAUAAUUAAUUAAAUAUUUUAUUCAUUUUAAUAUUUAAGUAUUUUUUUUUUAAUUAUUUGUUCAUUGUUCACUAACAUUUCUUUUUUGUUAUUAACUUUAGUCAUAAUGUAUUUUAAUUGUACCAAUUCCACGCGCUUUUAUUCUAUAAGUUGUGUUUUGUCAAACAAAACUAAUUUUAGUCGAUAUUUUACUUUAUUUUUUUUUCAAUGUUAGCUGCUAAACAAAAAUAAAUAAAACAGCAAACAAAAACAAUGAGAUAUUAUGAAACAAAAAAAAACAAAAACGAAGAAAAGAAAAAACAAAAAACAACAGCGAAGAAAAUUUAUAUGAAAUUCAAUAUUUUUUUCUUUCAAAACAUUGUGUAUUUACAAAACAUAUUUUUCUUUCUUCAAUAUUAUAAAAAAGUAUUUUUGUUUAUUAUAUUUUUUUUUAAAUAAUUCUUUUACUUGUUGUUUUUUUUUUUAAUUUUAUUUACUAUUUAUGCGUUAGAAUCUUCAUAUUAUAUAUGUAUACAAUUUAUAAUUGUUAACUGUUCCACCUUUUUUAUUAUUAUUAUUAUUAGUAACGUAUUUACAAAUGAAAAAUUGAUUUAUAAAAAAAAAAUAAAAGAAACAAAAAAAUAAAUUUUUAUUAUUUUUUGUACUUUAUUUUGAUCAAAAAGUAAUAAACCUAGUGAUAGAAGAUUUUACUGAUAAGAGUUUUUUUUUAAUAAUUUUAUUUUAAACUGUUGUAUCUUAGUUUGAUUUUUAGCUAAGUUAUUUUUUAUUUUAUUUUUUAAAUAAACAUAAAUGGGCGUGUUAAAAGCAGACUGAUUUUUUGAUAAACAAAGAAAAAUAAAUAAAUAAAAAUAAAAUAAAAACAAAUAUGUAAACAAGGGUAUUGAAAGUGAAUUGAUGAAUAGAAGUGUGAAAGAAAGAAUUUAAGGUGGCCCAGAUGAGAUUCAUGUACUUUAAUUGUGAUUUGUGCUUAUAUAAGUUGAUUAGAAAUUAAAAUUGAAUAGUGUUUUUACCACCAAAGAAUGAAACAAACAAAAAAUUAGUAACAAAAAUAAAAGUUUCCUUUUAAAAUUAAAAUGUAUUUGUGUGUAUGUUUGUACAUGCAAAAUAUUUAUGUCUGGGCUGCCUUUAAUUUUAAGAUAUACUGAGUAUUUAAAAAAAAAACAAAAA